AUGCCCUACACCUACUGCUCUGGAAACAUCUCCUCCCGUGCCUUUGGGAGCUACCUGAAGUACCCAGGAUUUUCCUGCGGCUCUUAUCCCCGCAACCUGAUCUACAGGACUGAUCUCUGCUCUCCCAGCACUUGCCAGCUGGGCUCCACUCUCUACAGAGGCUGUCAGGAGACCUGCUGUAAGCCCACCUGCUGCGAGACGUCCUGCGUACUGUCCAGUCCCUGCCAGACAUCCUGCUACCGCCCAAGGACACACAAGCUCUGCAAUCCCUGCCAGACAACCUAUGCUCGAUCUCUUUCCUUUGGGUCCCGCAGCUGCUGCUCCCUGGGCUAUGGAUCAAGAAGCAGCUACUCCCUGGGCUGUGGACCCAAUGGCUUCCAACCUCUGGGUUAUGGAGUGUGUGGCUUCCCAUCCGUGGGCUAUGGAUCCAGAUUCUGCCGCCCAACCUAUGUGGCUUCUGGGAGCUGCCAGUCCUCUUGUUACAGACCAGUCUAUGGAUCAAGCUUCUACCGGUCAACUUAA